UUGAUGGAGGACAAUAAGCAAGAAGGCGUUUUUAAAAAACAUUCCAAGUUUCUUCAUCGUUGUUUCGUUCUGCUCUCAAUCUUUUCCCUCUUUCCCUCCUCCUGUCUGUCUUUCGACUACGGCGAAGCUCUUUCCAAGAGUCUCCUCUACUUCGAAUCCCAACGUUCCGGCAGAUUACCGCACAACCAACGAGUCUCUUGGCGCCAUCAUUCUGGCCUUACUGAUGGUCUUGAACAAGGGGUGGACUUGGUGGGAGGGUACUACGAUGCCGGUGACAAUGUUAAAUUUGGUCUGCCAAUGGCUUUUACUGUAACGAUGCUGUCCUGGAGUGUCCUUGAAUAUGGGGAACAGAUUGCCGGCGCCGGCGAGUAUCUGCACGCGCUGGAGGCGAUCAAGUGGGGGACGGACUAUUUCAUCAAAGCCCACACUCACCCGAACGUUUUAUGGGCUCAGGUGGGUAACGGUGAUACCGACCACUACUGUUGGCAGCGGCCGGAGGACAUGACAACUUCGCGACAAGCUUACAAGGUCGAUGCUAACAAUCCCGGAUCAGAUAUUGCCGGCGAGACGGCAGCGGCAAUGGCAGCAGCUUCAAUGGUGUUUAGGAAAACUAAUCCACAUUAUUCCCACCUACUGAUACACCAUGCCCAACAGUUGUUUGAGUUUGGUGACAAGUAUAGAGGCAAGUAUGAUGAAAGUAUUAAGGUUUCAAAAGGGUAUUAUUCGUCUGUGAGUGGGUACAUGGAUGAGUUGUUGUGGGCAGCUUUGUGGCUGUACAAGGCCACGGACAAGGAAGAAUAUUUGAAUUAUGUGUUGGAGAACGCACAUUCCUUUGGUGGGAUCACUUGGGCCAUGACUGAGUUUAGCUGGGAUGUCAAGUAUGUUGGUGUUCAAAUCAUUGCUUCAAUGUUGCUGAUGGAAAAAAAGCACGAGAAACACAAGCACGUACUGGAACAGUACCGCUCAAAGGCCGAGCACUUUCUAUGUGCUUGCCUAAACAUGAACAACGCGACUAAUGUGCAACGCACCCCAGGAGGCCUACUGUACACCCGCCAAUGGAACAACAUGCAGUACGUGUCAACAGCUGCAUUUCUUCUCACACUAUACUCCGAUUAUCUCCGAACCUCAAAUCAGGAGCUCAACUGCCAUAAUGGAGUGUUGGGCCCACAGGAAAUCUUCUCCUUCGCCAAAUCACAGGUUGAUUACAUCCUGGGUUCUAAUCCAAAGGCCUUGAGUUACUUGGUUGGGUACGGCUCUAAUUACCCGUACAGAGUGCAUCACAGGGGAGCAUCUAUUGAAUCAUACAAAAGGAAUCAAGGUUUCAUCGGAUGCACUCAAGGAUACGAUAAUUGGUAUGGACGACACGAUCCGAACCCUAACACCCUCGUGGGGGCCCUAGUUGGUGGGCCAGAUAACAAGGACCGGUUUAAGGAUGAAAGGUCAAACUACAUACAAACGGAGGCAUGCACCUAUAAUGUUGCCCCCGUAGUUGGAGUUUUUGCCAAACUGCAUGGACUGAAGGGUACUGAUCUCUCUGAUAAUCCAAAUCUACUCACUUCUAGCUAGCUAAAGUGGAUUUAUAAUUUUCUAGGGAUCAGGGAAUUUUGGUAUCAAUUAAUUAGUUGGUUUUGGUGGUUGAAUUAAUUGAGAUGUAGUAGCCCCCUGUAUAACCCAUUUUAUCUAUACAGAAAGAAAUACAACCAAAUAUGAAUAAAAUCA